AUGUCGUCAAGGAUGGUGUUGAGGCUCUGUCGAAGGUUUUCAAGUUACAGUCCUCUAAGGUCCAAUAUUGGUAAACAACCAAUCAGGAUUACGGAGAAUACACAAUGUACUGUGGAAGAGAUUCCGUUUGAAUUCAGCAAGUCUUUUAUAAAAGGCAAAGAUACCAUUAGAUUGAGCAAACAACUAGUUGUGAAAGGACCAAAAGGGAUCUUAAAAACGGCAGUUCCAGAGUUUGUAAAUAUGAAAUGCGAGGGAAAUAGUAUAUCUGUCUCUGUGGAAAAUCCUAAUGAUAAAGUUCAAAGAGCUAUGUGGGGAACCUCGAGAGCAAUUAUCAGUAAUAAUGUAAUCGGUACAACUGAGGGACAUUUGGCUAUUGUCAAAUUUGUCGGUACGGGAUACAGGGCUACCAUUGAAAACGGAGAAGAUGGUCAAAAGCUAGUUGCAUUAAAAAUAGGGUUUCCAUAUAUCCCUAAGUUGAAGGUUCCCGAGGGACUAACAGUUACCUCUCCUAAUCCUACAAGGUUAUUGAUCGAAGGAACUAACAAACAGCAGGUCAAACUUUUCGCUGCCGUUAUUAGAGAACAUAAAAAACCGGAACCCUACAAGGGUAAAGGUAUAUAUGUCGACAAUGAGUCAAUUAAAUUAAAAGAAAAGAAAGUCAAGUAA